AUGCCUCGAAAAUCUGUGAGGCGCGCCUCUACGACACAGAGGGGUAACCAGCCGACACGCGCGCAGACAUCGGCAGAGCUAACAAGCGUCAACCCUUCGUUCGCAACUGGCUCUGCCACGGAGACUGAAGAAGUUAUAGCCUCUAUUGCUUCAUUGACACUUGACACACCCCUUCGCACAUUUCAAAAGCCAAAGCCAAAGGCUCCAGAGAAGACAUUCCCGCUUCUGUCCCUGCCAUCGGAGCUGCGAAUCAAGAUUUACGAAUACUUUUUUGCCGACAUCACUGAGGUCUUGGACUUGACACGAGAGAACCAUAAGCGCAUUCACAAAAGACUGGGCCUGAUGCGGACUUGCCGGCUCAUUAGCAAUGAAGCGACACACCUCUUUUACAGCACUCGAACCUUUCGCCUCUUCCCUACGAGUACCGGCCGGUACUUCAAGACAAAGAAGCCUCUUUUGGCCCGUCUUUCCGCCAGACAGCGACAAUGCCUGACCAAGAUUGAGAUGCGCCUUGGACCUGGCUGGAGCGCGCCACCCCCUGGAUGGGUCGUCAAUGCUGCUCUCGGGCUAAAGGACUGCAUUCACGUCCACACUCUAUCCGUCUAUGUUGAGGUCGACCCGAGUGACAACAUCUUUAACAAUUUUCGCCGCGCGGAUGGCUUUUACGAGGAAUUCAGUCGAAAACUGCUGGCAGAAACCCUGAAAGGUCUGCCAGCGGUUCGCACUAUUGAAUUCGACGCAUACGAAAGUGUGCAGAAGAGAGGCGCAAUGAUGCGAUCUCUCUUCAGCAUUGCCACCGCAUCAGACAAGGUCAUCACUUGGGGCCCUGAUCGCGGAUGGGUUGGUGCACCGGAAGAUGAAGAACCGCCUACCAAAAAUGGCGUCCCGAACCGAUAUCUGGAUAGUAUACCUAUUACUGGAUUCACAGCGCAAAGCUUUGUUGCUGUUGCGUAG